GCGGUUGGGAUGCCAGGCGGGAACUCAAAGCCAAGUGCCGACGCUCGGACACGUCACUUUAUUGCCGGGCGCUCAUGUGCGAGCGACAGGAAUGUGUGUUCCCAGGGGCUGGCCAGGAACAUGGACGGUCUCGCUUCACUGAGCCAUGGGGACCUGGAGCCCAAUCUCCUGGGCCUGCUUAGGCUGCUGGCUGUGGAUUCUACACGCCUGUGCAGCCCUGGGGCCCACCUCUGCGGUCCCAGAGGAUGAGUUCACCCCUGGAGCCGGGUCUCCCACGGCGGAGGGCAGUUUGCUCCGUGCCGGAGUCCUGGCAGCCACAGAGACAGCAGUCACCUCGGCAGCACGAUCUCCUCCGUCCCUGUCCGACAUGGCCGCAAACCCUGCCGUGACCACGUUGCCUGGAGAAAGAGCCAUUUCAAGCCGCCACGCCAGCGAAGCCAGCGCCUCUUUUCCGGCAGAAGUAACUAGUUUGGCGUCAGCAGUGAAUGGGGGCAAUGUAAAUUCUGUCCCUGAAACAGCAUCUUCCCCCCUAGAGCCAGUAGCCAGCGGCGGUGAAGCAGCCGAGAUCCCUACAGAAGAAGCAGAAACUUCAGCGAGCCUGACCAACUCUUCGCACGCCUCUCUGGAAAACAGGACAGUUGCCACGACUCCGGCAGGAGAAGCGGUCGCCACGUUGGCCUUGUUCUACUCCAGCCCAACAGACCCUCACCCGACCCGCUUCUCACAUUCCGAGCUGGAGGUAACGGGAUCCGUUCCUGGCGCGUUCUCCGGUGUCACCACCUCCUCUUCUCUCUCUGCAGCUCCUGAGGACGGGAGAGCCACACCCAGCACUGCAGGGGGGCCAGAGGACUUGGCAUCCACUGGCACGGCUGUGUCUAAUGGAACACCUCCCUCUCCAUCGGUGGGAGAGGUGGAGUCAACUCCUGCAGCAUUCCUGUCUCCCGCUGCCUCUCCCACUGAGGCCCCUGUUUCAGAGACCGAAAGUCCAGGGCAUGAUGGGUCUAGUGCUCCAAAAUCCCCAGAACGACCUUCAGAGAGUGAGACAUCUGCACUGGCAGGGGAAACAUCCCCACCUGCCUUUGUAGCUGGGUGGGAAGAGGCUGGGUCAUUAGGACCUGCAGAGACCAAGGGAGAGGGGCUCUCCCCAAGUGCAUUUCCCAGCAUUACUGGUUCCGAUCAUCUGGCUUCAGAGAGCAAGACAGUUACUGCCCCUGCAGCUCUGGAAGGAAGAGGGGAUACAGGUAAGUCCGUGUCAGCCACAAAUGAGGAAACCCCAAUAUCUGCGAUUGAUACCCAGAGCCAAACAAAUCCCUCGCCCGCCGACGCAGAGCAGAGUCUGGCUAAUACAGAGGAGCUACCGACAGGAGAUCCGGGGGCUUUGUCCAAAGCCGAAACCUCCCCUCGUUCAUUUCUAGAGCCUGGGACGGUGACAGCCAUACCUACGGCCCCGUCUGCCGUCCCGUCUCCCAGGGACAUCCCUGCCGAGCCGUCCCUUUCAGAGAGUGAAAGUACAGGAUCCUCCUCGGCUGGACUCUCUGGUGCUCCCAGUUCUCCUCAGCCCCCUCCAGACGCUGCCGCAGGGACAGCCCCUGUCGCUACUGGGGUGGGAGAGGAAUUGGCAAACUCUGCCAAUGCUAGUGUGAGGGGAACACCCCUCGCUCCAUCAGGCCUAGAGUCUGCGUCACCUGCUGCCGCAGCCAAAGGUCCUGCAGGAGCAGAUGUUUCUGGAGGCUUUGCCAGUGGGGUAGCUGCACCCUCCAAUGCAGAGCUAGCAGCCACAACAUCUCAUGCGGGCACCCUGAGUGAAACAGAUCCCCUGCCCCGGGGCGCAGAGCCGAGUCCAGCCCCUAUGGACAAUCUGCCAACAGGAGAACCCGGCGCGUUGGCUGUGGAUUCUCCUCAGCCAUCCUCGGCUCGCGAGACAGCGCUGGCCCCGGCACCUGCAGAAAACAGAGGGGAUAUGGCUGGUCUGGUGCCUGUGGCGCAUGGAGAAACCCCAAUUUCCAACCCCAGUCUCCAGAGUGCAACAAAUCCCUCACCCUCCGUCCCAGAGCGGAGUCCCGGGGACGCAGCAGAGCUGCCUGCAGGAGAAACAGGAGCCUUGGCCAGCGCCGAAGCAUCCCCCCAUGCGCCCUUAGGAGACGGGACCGUGCCAGGCAGACUGGCUCCAUCGGGAGGAACAUCCCCACCUGCCUUUGCAUCUCCCAGCAGAGCCCUGGCUGAGCCUGAAACAACGGGCGAUGCAACAAACGGAUUGUCCGGUGCUCUCGGGGCUCCCCGUCCAGCCCCUGCGAGGGAGACGUCUGCGUCCAUCUUUGUAGUGCCUGGGGACCCAGCCUCUGUCCCCGCCAUCUCAGACUCACCGGGAGGCCCCAGCACCGUGGGUUCUGCUCCUCUGUCUUCAGCUGGCGAGAGAGUUACCGUCCCCCCUGUAGCUACGGAAGGAAGAGGGGACGCGGCUGGUUCCGCGUCCGCAGCCAACGAGGAAACCACCACCUCUAACCCCGAUGCCCAGCACGCAGAGGCGAGUCCAGCAGGGGGGGCAGAGCUGCCCCCAGGAGAAAGAGACGCUUGGGCCAAUGCUGAGACCUCCCCAUAUUCAUCCUUAGGGGAUGGGAGAGUCACAGGAAUACACACGCCAUCGGGGAAAACAACCCCAGCUGCCUUUGCUUCUCCCGGCGAAACCGCUGCUGGGCCCUCAGCUUCAGAGACUGCCCGGCCAGGACCUUCAUUGCCUAGCGCCCCGGUGCCCUCCCCCUCCUCUCCUGAGAGGCCGACAGUAACUGGGCCCGCUGGGGUUGCGAAAGAAGCAGCCGUCUCUGCCGGUGACUCAGGAGUGCCCGCAGCAUUCCCAGCACUGGAGGCAGUGACCGGGCAAUCGCUAACGACGCUACGCCUGGCCACCUCUCGUACUCCCGCUGCCAUGGGAUCCCACUCCCCUUCCCUCCAUUCGGAGAAGGGGAAAACGCCCCCAGAACCGGGGGCAAACCCGGGUUCGGCUGGUGUGUCCCACGUGCCAGCUGCCACCACUCCAGCACCCUCCAGAGGACGGGCAGCGACACCGUUCCCCCUCGCGGGAACAACAGCCCUUCGGUCCGAUACCAGAGCAGGGUUUGUCCAGGAGAGACCAGCGUCUGUUUCAGCUGGGACCAGAGAGGCCCCUACAAGUGGUACAAGACAGUCAGCAACAGUUGCAGCCGUGCCACUGUAUCCAUAUGGAGCAAAGGAAAGCGAUAAGCAAUACGUGGAGAGAAGAGUGGAUUUUAACUCCCGUGUCUUCAAACCCGAGAUUGGGUUCCCGUUUGGGAAAACGCUGCGCGAUUCUCUAUACUUUACAGACAACGGACAAAUCAUUUUUCCAGCCUCGGACAGUGACGUGUUCCCAUCUCCAAACCCACCUCCCGGAGGAUUUACCGGCCGUGAGAAAGUUCCAGUGGUUGCUGUGUUUUGGGCUAACGCGGAUUUCUCCAAGGGCAUUGGCAGCAUCUUUUACCAGGAGUUCGUUACUCUGGAUUCUGCCGAACACCCCUUUGUCCGAGACGUGGAGACCAAGAUUCGGCGAUACCUGAAGACUUCGUACUCUGCAAAAUGGACCCUUAAGAUCACGUGGGAGAAGGCCCCGGCCUAUCCAGCAUGGCAGCCCGUCACUCGGACAAACACGUACCAGGCUGUCCUCACCACGGAUGGAAUCAAGUCCUAUGUCCUCAUCCUUUACCAAGAUGGCGGCAUGCAAUGGGAUUACACCAAGCUGGGUUUGACCAGCGUGCUGAUGGGCUACUCCAGCGGGGAUGGAUUUUACCGAAACGACGAUCUGACCCGAAGGCCCCCAGCCGCCAAAUAUCGCCCCGACCAGUUCAGAGGCUACAACACAGAUCUGCGCGGGCUGUGGAUAUACAGUCUAGCCAGUCACGUGCGUGUGAACUACAGACUGAGGUGUCUGGCCUGGCUUAGCACGCAGCAAGAUCCCGCCGGUUGGAACAAGGAUCUGCCGUCCUGCCCUUGCUCUCUGCGACACGGAGCGUUGGAUCGGCACUACCGACGGAGCAGAGGAGGUUUGGCGGACGCCCGUGUGACGAUGCUGUAUCCAGCCUCCCCAAACCAAUACGGCGCCGGGGUCCGGUGUCUCUACAACAGCCACAACGAGCUCGUCGACGGGCGGCAGGAGAGAUCCUGGAAGGACUCGCGCCAAGCGUCCCCUGACCGCGAUGCAGAGUUAAAGUUACACGACUGGUGCUGCCGGCAGGCGGGGAGCCCCCAGCUCUGUGCUAAGUACAGUCAGAAGAGACCAAAGAUCAGCUGUGCUGGACACAGGCUGCCAAACCAAACAACGUCCUCAGAAGAGGCAGCGAGCGACUCCGAGGAGGGAAGAGAUUGAGAAUCCAUCUGCUCCAGGCCUUUGCUAUUCUCCACGGCCAGCCUCGCUCCUCUAACGCUUUGCUAAGUGGGACCAGUAAAGAAUCUGUAAUGCGAUUUGAGAUCCCCUCCGUGGAUCGUAGGGCUGAAGUGUUCCUCAUUUGCAGAGCUGGUGGGACGCUGCGGGGGGGAAAUCCUGCGGGUUUUUGUAAGAGGGUGUCCGUGUUACCCAAGAGCAAUUCCUGUUUGCAAAUAAAGACUGGGAAGAG